AAAAGCAUUGGCCCGCGACGUGCGGCCUCUUCCUGUCUGUGCCAGAGCGGCGCGUGGUCUACGCCGAGCGACAGAGACUCCCCGACUGCGUCCUCAGGAUGACCGAGUGGGAGACAGCUGCACCGGCGGUGGCGGAAACCCCCGACAUCAAGCUCUUUGGGAAGUGGAGCACUGAUGAUGUGCAGAUCAAUGACAUUUCUCUACAGGAUUACAUCGCAGUGAAGGAGAAGUAUGCCAAGUACCUGCCCCACAGUGCAGGGCGGUACGCCGCCAAGCGCUUUCGCAAAGCACAGUGCCCCAUUGUGGAGCGCCUCACUAACUCCAUGAUGAUGCAUGGUCGCAACAAUGGCAAGAAGCUCAUGACUGUGCGCAUUGUCAAGCAUGCCUUCGAGAUCAUCCACCUGCUCACUGGUGAGAACCCUCUGCAGGUACUGGUGAACGCCAUCAUCAACAGUGGCCCCAGGGAGGACUCGACACGCAUUGGGCGAGCUGGGACAGUGAGACGGCAGGCUGUGGAUGUGUCCCCCCUGCGUCGUGUAAAUCAGGCCAUCUGGCUGUUGUGCACAGGUGCCCGUGAGGCUGCCUUCCGGAACAUCAAGACCAUUGCUGAAUGCCUCGCAGAUGAGCUCAUCAACGCUGCCAAGGGCUCCUCCAACUCCUAUGCCAUCAAGAAGAAGGAUGAGCUGGAGCGUGUUGCCAAGUCCAACCGCUGAUUCCCAGCUGCUGCUCAAUAAACCUGUCUACCUUUUGGGAUGGCCCCA